UGCUGACUGUUUUCACAUUUUGAUUUCUUCUAAGAAAUAUCCAGAAUUAACGCCAGUGACCAUGCUGAUUUGUUCUUGUGUGACUUCUGAGCUUGAUUCCAGUGAGGAAGAAUGGAAAUCUCUGAGAAAUCCUGAAAAUCGAAAUCUGUUUAUCAAAAUUCUCCAAUCCUACUUAAAUGGAAGAGGUAUGAAUCUGGUCAACUUGGGCAAAAAGGGAAAACUUACAGGUAACCUGGGAAGCAAAACCAAAUCCAACUUUGACAUUUAUCAACAAGACCUGGAAAGCAACAAUGCUUUUGAUGUUUGAAGCAUCUUCGUACCAGUUUAAAGAACAUUUUUAUUCUUUACUUCUUCCUGUACAAUGAACAUUUUUGCAGUUCCCUGUCAACCCUGUAAACUAUUUAAAAUGUGUUUUCUUAAAGCAAUAUUCAGAUCAUUCCAUUCUGGUUUUGUAAACGAAGCUGAUGCAGACGCAUUUAAAAAAUACUAAUAUAUUUCAACUAUAGCACAAUGUAGGAUUCUAUUUCAUUCUUGCAUCAUACAAACCUUGCAAUACUAUGAUGACCUGAAACAUACACUUUCUAAAAAAAAAAUAAAUAAAUAUCUUUCCGUAAGUGUUACUGAGCUUAUCUAUUUUGA